AUGGAUAUCCCACUCAAGGAGACCAAUCGACAGAAUCUGAGCUCCCAAGCCGAGCUCAGACAAUCUGCUAGUACACCGCCCUUUCCUUCAACUGACCGCACCAGUUCCUCCAAGGGGAACGACCACAAGCUUCUAACAUCCUCUGUCGAGAAGCCUGAGCUGGAUGAAGAAAUAUGGAAAGAACAAGCCUCAGAACCCGAAGAUCUAGAAUCCGUCAUCCGUUUCCUCCAACAAGUAAUCGCCGACAAUCAAGAUGAUCUUAAUUUUCCCGGCCACGUCCUCGAUCGAGCCACGGAGGCUUUACAGCCUGGCGUUCCGCCCGAAGCUGUACUGGAAAUAACCAACGCUAUCCGGGCAGAGCUGAAGCUGGCAACAGAAAACUCCCCCUAUCCAGAAGUCCGGGCGAUUGUGGAUGCCUUCGAUGAUCCCACAACGCCGGUGACCACAUUCCGGAUGUGGACGAUUGGGAUCUUCUUGGUUUUCUUAGGCACCGGCUUGAACCAGUUUUUCGCCCCUCGUCUCCCUUCGAUCAGUCUCAGCAUCACCUUCGCACAACUUGUGGCAUACCCUCUUGGAUGUUUCAUGGCUCGUGUUCUGCCGACCAGGCUGUUUCGCAUCGCCGGAUACCAAUUUAGCCUCAAUCCUGGUCCUUUCAAUAUGAAGGAGCACAUGUUGAUCAGCAUUAUGGCCAAUGUAUCUUUUGGAGGGGCAUACGUAACCGAUAUCAUAGCAGUGCUCAGGAUCCCGAGGUUUUACAACAACCAGGUCCUGGGAACGAAUGCUGGAUUCCAAAUAACAAUGGCGCUCAGCUCUCAACUCAUCGGAUAUACACUAGCUGGCCUCACUCGAGAAUUUCUGGUCUAUCCUUCAGCAAUGGUGUGGUGGGGAAACCUUGUAGAGAUCUCGGUGCUAAGGGCUCUUCACGUCAAGGACAAUCAGCCUGCCAAUGGAUGGAAGAUCUCUCAGAUGCGGUUCUUCAUGUUCUGUAUGGUCGGCUAUGGAAUAUACUUCUUGCUGCCCGACGUAUUCUUUCAAACUUUGUCGUUUUUCAAUUGGACGACUUGGAUCGCGCCCAACAAUGUCAAGCUCGCAAUGCUCACAGGAACCGUCAGCGGAUUGGGGCUCAACCCGUUCCCUACCCUGGACUGGAACUUCAUGUCAAUCAACCCCGUCGUCACGCCGCUCUGGUCCAUUUUGAAUCUGUAUAGCGGCGCCUUGAUUGCUGUCGCGGCUAUCAGUGGCAUAUUCUUCAGUAAUGUUGCUUACACCCAAUACCUCCCCAUCAAUACCAAUGGUAUAUUUGAUCGCUUCGGAAAACGCUACAACGCCUCACGUAUCCUCAACGACGUAGGCGAUCUUGACCAAGAUUCUCACAGGUUAUUCAAGGCGAAAUACCAAGCCUAUUCUCCUCCCUACAUGUCUGCGGCCAGCAUCUUAACUUUCACAGCAUUCUUUGGCCUCUACACUAGCACCCUCAUGCACAGCAUCCUUUUCUAUCGCAAACAUCUCGCCGGCGGCUUCGGUCUUUUUUGGCGUCAAAUCGUCAUCAAAUUGUCAAGCCUCCCGGUCAUUUCGCGUCUGACGAAUCGGUAUAAUGUUAAAGCGGCGGAUGCCGAUAAGCUGCUCUCCGGAAAAUACACGCCUGAUGUCCAUUGUCGCUUGAUGAGCGUCUACCCAGAAGUUCCUCAAUGGUGGUUCAUGAUUAUCGGCGCUAUUGCUACCGGAAUGGCAAUCUUCAUGAUAGUAUACUAUGACACUCAGAUGCCAGUUUGGGGACUGGUUUUUGCUUUCGCUAUGGCACUCGCUUUGAUUGUUCCCACUGGGAUUCUAAGCGCUGUGGCCUCAAGUGGCGCCCCGCUCAACGUUAUCUCCGAGUUGGUUGGUGGUUACGCCUUAGAGGGCAGGCCCCUAGGAAACAUGUUGUUUAAGACAUACGGUUACAUCACGACUGCCCAAGCGAUCAGUUAUGCCUCAGAUCUCAAGCUCGCUCAUUAUGUGAAAAUCCCCCCCAGAGCCACUUUCGCAGCUCAAACGGUGGGAACGAUUCUUUCGGCUUUCAUUUCGGUGGCAGUGUUGGACUGGCAGAUAGGAAGCUUUCCAGACUUGUGCUCUCCCACCCAGCCUCUGCACUUCACGUGUCCCGGAUACAAUACCUUUUUCUCCUCUUCGAUUAUUUGGGGCGCGGUUGGGCCGGUGAGACUGUUCUCCAAGGACGGAGCGUUGUAUAGCUUUUGUUUGUAUGGAUUUGUCCUCGGCGCAAUCGCUCCCAUUAUUCCUUGGCUCGCCCUCAAAAGAUGGCCACGGUCGGGUUGGAGAUUGAUCCACACGCCUGUCAUGUUCGCUGGAGCUUUGGGAUUUGCGCCGUUGAACCUGGGAUAUCUGACACCGGCGAUCCCUCUCGGAUUGUUCUUCCAACGCUACCUCAAAUUCCGCUACACAGCGUGGUAUGAGAAAUACGCAUUGACGCUCACCGCCGGGUUCGGGGCGGGGGUGGCCCUCUUCGGACUGCUCUACUUCUUUGCCUUCCAAUUCAGCGGAAAAGAAUGGAAAUGGGCCGGUAACACUAAGUUCUCCGAGGGAUGUGAUGGAAGGUCUUGUCGACUGAUAGACGUGCCUGAAGGCGGCUUUGGCCCCUCAGCGUGGUCAUGA